AUGUCUGCUUCGGCACAGCAUAACGUCAGCAGUAGGCGGCCCGAUGCCCCGCCGGCGGCUUCCCCACUGGCGGCUUCCCCCGGCGUGCAGUUUCCGCCAGCGGCGCAGCCGGAGGUGAUGCGCGCCGCGGAGAAGGACGAGCUGUACGCGGCGUCGCUGGGCGACAUGUGUCACGACGCCAUUGCCUCGCAGCUCGGCCACCGCGUCGCGGGCCAAUGGGGCGGUCCGAUCCGCGUGGCGGCGCGGUGUCUCUACUAUCUCGUGACCACCGGCGCCGGCAGCAGGACUCUAGGGGAGGAGUACUGCGACAUAGUGCAGGUGAGGCGAAGAGUACUGCGAUAUCCUGCAGGUGAUGCUUCUCAUGCCGCUGCUGUUCCUCCCUCCUCCUCUCCUCCCAGCACCCCCUCCCCUCUCAUGCCGGUACCAGGCCGCUACAACCUGCGCCCCACCCUUGCGCGUCGCCUUUUUCUCGUGCUGCUGCACUCCCUGCUCCCCCGGCUGUGCCAGCUCACACCAGCGCCCGUUUGCCCCCUCUCCGCCAUCCCCCCCUCUCCGCCAUCCCCCCCUCUCCGCCAUCCCCCCCUCUCCGCCAUCCCCCGCCCUUCUCGGGUAUCAGGCAGGCAGCUACAACCAUGGCCCUUCCCAUCUGUCGUGGCUGUAGCAGCUCACAUCGCCACCCAUCUGCCCUUUUCCACACCCAUCCCCCCUUUUCCACACCCAUCCCCCCUUUUCCACACCCAUUCCCUUCCCCUUUUUCCACACCCAUCCCCCUUUUUCCACACCCAUCCCCCCUUUUCCACACCCAUUCCCUUCCCCUUUUUCCACACCCAUCCCCCUUUUCCACACCCAUCCCCCACUCCAGGUGUCAGGUCGCUACAACCUUCCCCCCGUCACAUCAGCACCCGCAAUAUUACCCCGUUCCCACAUCCAUCCCCCUUCCUUCCCCUCCCCUCCCAGGUGUCAGGUGCUUACAACUUGCCACCUGCCCCAGCGCGUCGCCUCUCUCUUGUGCUGCUGCAUGCGCUGCUCCCGGCUGUAGCAGCUCACAUCAGCGCCCGCGCUGCUGCCCGGGGAAGGGCGCUCGCAGCAGCAGGGGAAGGGGGAACAGGGGAGGGGGGAGUAGGGGCGGGGGGAGUAGGCGAGGGGGGCACAGGGGGGACAACAGGCGGAGGGGGGAGAGGAGGAGUAGGGAAUGGAACAACACUUGCAGGGGCGGAGGAGGAGGCACCUCACAGCCACACAUCCAGCCUUAGGGCGAGAGAGGAGGGCGCAAUAGAGGGGGUUUCAGUAGAGGGAGGAGGCGUGGAAGCAGCACGUGUGAGCGGUGGAAGGGGGUUGGGAUGGGUGGCAGCUGUGGCGACAGGGUGGCACUGGGUGGGCUGUGUGAGGGAGCGAGUGAGGGAGAGAGUGUGGGAGAUGGGGAGGAGGGCGCUGGUGGUGUGGGCGGGGGUGGCAGUGCGAGGGGGGGAUGUGUUGAUGCUGCUGGGGAGGGCGCAUCUGCUGCUCUUCUACUGGCACGGGUCGUACCUGCAUGUAGCCAAGCGGGUGACAGGCGUGCGAUACAUUUACACUGCCCAACCUCCUGCUUACUCCCCCAGAUAUCACAUGCUCGCAUUCUUCCUCUUCAUUCAGCUCGCGAUUCUCUCCUCUGAUUGGCUGCGCCGCUCUCUGCUGCAACACAGACCCCUGGCGCAUACCGUACCGCCACCACCCACUGCCCCACUGGCAGCCGCUGAUGCUCCACCAGAGUCCAGCAAGGGGUGGGGCGAGGAGACGGAGGGGUCUCAACAGUUUCAAGAGGGUGAAGUGGAGGGGGAGGCAGGGAGUGAGGCGAGUGGACGGUGCUCCCUGUGCCUUGCGUCUCGCUCCCACCCCACCUGCUGCCCGUGCGGUCACAUCUUCUGCUGGUAUGCCUGUUGCUCUAUUCCGUUUCUUCCACCUUCCCAUCUUGUUUUCCACUCUUCCCUCCACCACCGCACCCCACCUGCUGUCCCCGCGGCCACAUCUUCUGCUUGUAUGCCUGUUGCUCUACUCCCCACCCACCCGGCUUGCUGCCCUAAUGGCCAUCCCUCUCUUCUGCUAGUACAACGAAUGCUCAUCAUCCAGAGUGGUGCAAACGAGAAGCCCGAGUGUCCUCUCCUCCACCCUCCCUUUCCUCGCCCUCGUCUCAUGACAGUCGUGCAACAAGAAGCCCGAGUGCCCUCUUUGCCGCUCUCCCUUUGCCACCGCCGCCUAAUCUCUCUCUCUUUUCUCCCUCCAUUCCAUCUACCGCCCGCUCCUUCCAGGGGGUGCAUUGCAGAGUGGUGCAACGAGAAGCCCGAAUGCUCUCUCUGCCGCUCUUGCUUCCCUCGCCCUAACCUGUCACCUCCUCCUGAUCUAUCCCGCUCUCCCUCCUUCCCAUCUACCGGUACCGCCCGCUCCUUCCAGGGGGUGCAUUGCAGAGUGGUGCAACGAGAAGCCCGAAUGCUCUCUCUGCCGCUCUCGCUUCCCUCGCCCUAA